UUGUUGCUGAUUGUACCAAUUGCUAAUUAAUAUUUCUAAUCUACCACAAAUGUACACAAGCCGACAAUCGUGUCGUCCUCGCAUCGUGGCCUCCAAACCGGCGCCGCGGAGCGACUGCGCGCACGCCGCCCGCCCAGUCGCCAGCCGCCCGCCCCAACGAACGCACCAUACCGCAGCAGCUACGGAGGAUCCACGUCGUCACCUCAUGGGCCCGGGUUGAUCUUAACGCAACAUGUCUUUUCGAAAUUAUUCAUUUGAUUCGUCGUCAUACGGGCGGAACACCGCUAGAGCGAGCACGAGCUCCACUGACCGGCCCACGUCCGUCACCGCCAAAUAUCUCAACACAACGCCUUCUUUUAAAACCUCUAGCAUCCCUAUCCCCAGCACCGAACGUGCCAGAGAUGAAACUCCCAUUUCCGCAAUCGCCAGCCGCUAUGCCAGCUACAGCACCAAGACUGAAAAAGAAAAACCUGCCCCGCCUGCCCCCGCUGUUUCCAAAUAUGAGAGGAAGGAUUACAAACUCUCUGUGCCACCAGCUGCAACCACCAGGAGUAGAGAUGUCAGCCCCGUGUCAACGAAAUACGGCCUCACGCGACCCUCCAGACAUUUGAGCCCUGAAAGAAAAACGAAAUCAUAUAAAGAUAUGAAAAGCAGAGACCCCAGUCCUUCGGACCGCGACAAAGACAUUCCAAGCAAGACUGACAAGUCUUCAGGCUACAAUAGCCUGUCGAGUUACAAAUUGUAUCCACGUCCUACACCAACAUAUACACGGCCCUCGUCAAGGGCGGAAACGAAGCCAGAAUCUUCCUACAGUAGGCCCUCUUCUAGAGCUGAAAUAAAACCCGAUGCCUUAUAUACCAGACCGUCGUCUAGAACAGAAAUCAAAUCUGAUACUAGUUAUACACGCCCUUCUUCAAGAAAUGAGACGAAACUAGAUACCACGACAUCCUACACAAGACCCUCAUCUAGAACAGACACAAAAUCGGAUGUUACACUAAACAGAUAUGGAAUUUCUAAUCGAACCAGAGAAGAAAUCGGUGUCACCUUGUACGAUUAUAAAAGAAGAAUCUCCAAAGAAGGAAGUAGAUGA